GGCAAGUGGUCAGCAGUGACACAGAGUGUCUCUCAGCUGCAGACUGCACUUCCUGUGAGCUGACAGCAGGAGCUCGUCACUUCUCUUUGUGAACUGUGUGAUCUCAGCUCUGCAGGGAGGACGACACACACAUGCUUCUUGACCAUGGAGGCUACGGCCAAGUACGACUACGACGCCACAGUCGAUGAUGAACUCAGCUUCAGAAAGGGAGAGCUGUUAAAAAUUCUGCAGACGUCAGGAAAAUGGUACAAAGCUGAAAUCAAAGGGGCCGAAGGGUUCGUACCCCAGAACUUCAUCGACAUUCAUCUGCCGAGCUGGUACCAGGAGGACUGCAGCCGCACCGACGCCCAGGCGAAGCUGAUGUCGCAGCCCGUGGGGGCCUUCCUCAUACGGAGCAGCAGGAAUAGCGCCCCGGGUGAUUUCUCCAUCUCUGUCAGACAUACAAGAGACGUCCAACACUUCAAGGUGCUGCGAGACAGCAGGGGGCAGUAUUAUCUGUGGACGGAGAAGUUCCCCUCUCUCAACCAGCUGGUGGAGCAUUACAAAACCAACUCAAUCUCCAAACAGAGCCAGAUAUUCCUCAAAGAUCCACAUCAACCGCAGCAGAGAGGACGCUCCGACCAUUUUUCCUCUCCUGCUCCUCCUCCACACUCCCACGGCCCACCUCUACCUGUCCCGCGACAGGACAUAGCCUCCCCCAGGCUGCAGGUCAGAGCUCUGUACAGCUUCCAGGCUGAGGAGGCGGACGAGCUGGAGUUCAGCGCCGGCGACAUCAUCCAGGUUCUGGAGUGCUCCGACCCGACCUGGUGGAAAGGACAGCUGAGGGGCAGAACCGGCCUGUUUCCCUCCAGCUACGCCACACCAAUCUGAGAGGAACACACACACACACACACACCUGUAAUGUCACAGUAACUACUGAGUGUCACGUGACUCAUGCUAAUUCUCGCGGCUUUGACCCAGUUCACAGAAGUAAACCAUCGGCAGAAAGCUCAGCGUGCAGUGACAGACAGCGUCAGCGGUCUAGAAUAAAAAUGAAGAUGAACUUGUUGGUUUAGGAACACAAACUGUUUUGGGCCGCGUCUUCUCGUCACAAACACGCUGUUGUUGUCUCGUUAAAAAGAUGCUGUCUGUAAGAAAAGUUGCAUAACCAACUUGUCAAAAACAGACACUGCGGGACGGCAGCUGACCCGUCCUGCCACCUCAAAGUGUCAGUUUUUGACGAGUUGGAAGUGAAACUCUAAAAUCAAAUUUUCUCACAAACAGCACCUUUAAAAACAGGAAACAGAACAGCUGUUUGGUUGUAAAACCAUUUUUUUUCACAUAUAAAUUGCCACUCAGAGUUAAAUUUCAGGUCUAUAGUAGUGCAUGUAUUCAUACAACAUUAAUGAUCCCCACAACUAUCCUGUAUUUUACAGAAUUUUGUCUGAACAUUUUACAUAAAUCUAAACCUACAACAUAUAAGACAUGAAUGUGCAACAGGCAUAUUUAUUUUCACAAACAAUUUUAUGUUUUAAUAAAAGUCUAUGAUGAGCAUUAA